AUUACAAAACACUAACCCUGUGUACGUGUUUGUUUGUGGUGGUUGCAAUACAUUUGUUUGUGCGUAGAAAGUGUAAAUUAUUACAACGAAAAACGCAAAAAUUCUGCACGAUAUAAAACACUUGCAGCUUGCCAACUGAAUACGGUGAGUACCUGCCGCACUUCGCAGCAGAAUGGACAUCAUGGACAUACAGGCUGUCGAAUCGAAGUUAAGUGACGUCACAGUGACACCAAUACCACGCUCGCAAGUACAAAACUUUUACAACUAUCAGCAGCAGCGCGAACAGCGCGAACAACAGCCCCAAAUCCAAAUAUCUGCUAUACAUCAUUCACGCAGCGGCGCCAGCGGCGGCGCCAGCAGCGCUGGCAGCAACAAUAACAUGACCGCCACAGAUUAUGCGACCAGCAGCAGCAGCGGCGGCGGCGGCGGCGUCGGCAGCGGCAGCAAACGUGAUCGCAACAAUGCACAAAGCAGCGCCGCAGCGACAGCAGCAGCAGCAGCAGCUGCCGUUGCCGCACUGCAAUAUUCGCCACAAUUUCUGCAGGCACAGCUGGCGCUGUUGCAAAAACAAUCGAACACAACUGCCACACCGUCAGCCUCAUCGGCCGCAGCAGCGGCCGCAGCAGCACUAUCGCUGGCCAACAUUGCAGCCGCCAGCAAUGGACGCAACCUCUCGAACUCGGCCAACAGCGGCAACAGCAACAUCAAUAGCAAUAGCAAUAGCAACAGCAAUGCCAAUGCCGUCAGCAGCAGCAGCAGCACAAUUAAUCUGGGCUUGAAUCUCACACAAUCACAGCUGAAAUAUCCGCCGCCAUCGACCUCGCCGGUGGUUGUUACCACACAGACAUCGGCGAAUAUAACAACGCCGCUGACCUCCACUGCCAAUCUGCCGACAGCGGGCAGCAUGGUCGGUGGCAAUGGGCUGAGCAAAUAUGCCCAGCUGCUGGCGGUUAUUGAGGAAAUGGGCCGUGAUAUAAGACCCACAUAUACGGGCUCGCGCAGCUCCACGGAACGCUUGAAGCGCGGCAUUGUCCAUGCACGGAUACUGGUGCGCGAGUGCCUCAUGGAAACGGAGCGUGCGGCGCGUCAAUGAGAGGAGGAGGAGUGCGGCAGCGUGCCGCCACCGGAUUAAGUUUUGCACCAGAAAAUACACUAAACUACAUAAACACAAGCACUUCACAUUGGGCAUGGUGAAAAAUAAUCUAGCAUUUAAGUGUGACCAGACUAGUGGCAAUGAAAGCCAAUUAUUCAAAGCAAUUUCGUAACGGUAUAUUUUUUACACCCCCCCUCCCCCCUCCCCCUCCAACAAACAACACAAUUUCAAGAACUAGGCAAAAACUUUUAUAAAUUGAUAAUUCUUGAGAUCUGUUCCUACAUACUAUAUGCCACAUUUUCCAUGCAAUCGAAUACUGUCUGCCUGUCUAAACAUAUAUAUAUAUAUACUAUAUAUAUAUGCUUGUACAUUGAUCUGAUUUGAAUAGAUCACUGGAUGUCUGGGCCUAUAGCUACACAGUAUUCUGAAGGCAUGAGAAAAUGUGCAUAAAACUCGUAUAUAUAUGUAUAUCAUUGGCGUACACAGAUGCUAUAGCUUUCACUAUGCCUGUAACGAGUAACGAGUAGAAAGUAACGAGUGUUGAGCUAAAUUAGUUACAUAAGGCACUCGUUAGAAUUAACAAAAUGUGCUUUCAUUUAUUAUUUAAGCACCUUAUUUUAAUAUAUCAUAUUUCAUUAUUAAACAAUAGCAAAUUGUA